AGGAGAAUGAGGGGAGACUUCACUGCAGUUCCAACUUCCUGAGGAGGGGCAGGCCCUGAGCUCUGCUCUGGGGGACCAGGGGCAGGACCCAGGGAGUCGCCUGGAGUUGUGUCAUGGGAGCUUUAGGUUGGAUAUUAGAAAAGGUUCUUCCUCCAGAGGGUGGUUGGGCACUGACCAGGCUCCCCAGGGCAGUGGGCACAGCCCCAAGGCUGCCAGAGCUCCAGGAGGGUUUGGAUGAUCCUCUGGGGCACAGGGGGUGAAUCCUGAGGAUGGUUCCGUGCAGGCUGACGGUUGGGCUCGAUGACCCUUGUGGGUCCCUUCCAACUCGGCCCGUUCUGUGAUUCUGUGGCACCCCCGGGCGGGCAGGGCACACACGGGUGUCCCACAGCUCCCUGUGGGGCUCAGGGGAGCGGGGGCAGUCCCGAAGGGACAAACGCGCUGCCAAGGUGGGCGCUGGGCUGUGCCGGGAGCCGUCCGGUUCCUCACGGCCGGAACGGGCCUGCGGAGCGCUGAGGGCUCGCACAGCGAACCGCCCAGGGGCGGCGGGGACAGCCGGGGGAGGCCCCGGGGAGGCCCCGGAUCCCACACGCUGCCCGUGACCGGAGGUGGGCGGUGCGGCGGGGCCGCUUCCUCCCCGGCGCGGAGCGGCAUGGAGCGGACAUUCUUCCUUCCCCAUCCCAUGUCCAAGGCUCCCCAGGGUGUGUUCCAGGAGGAGCUGAAGUGGUGCAUUUCGCAGCUGGAGGCAGAUCUCCACCUCACCCCACCCCCAAAACCAGUAGAGGAGACCCAGCACAUUCUCAAGGUCCUGCGCUCCCCUGAGACUCCUCUUGCAAAGAAGCAACAAGUGAUGAGUGAUGUGUUUGGGGAUUAUUGUCUCAGCAUGGCUGAGGGUCAGGAGAGCAUGGAGAAAGCAGGCAUGAAACCUGGUGCUCUGGAAGUACAGCCAAGCAGUGGGCAGGCUGCAGAUGGUAUGAAACAGUCUGACCCAAGCCCUGAGGCAAAGCCAGAGCUGUUCACAUCAUCUGGCAGCAGCUUCCAAUUUGAUUUUACACUUUCCGAGACCAACCCAGGAGCAGACCCUGGUGACAGCAGAGCUGUCACAGCCACCAAGCAGGAGAGCUGGAAUGGAGCCUUGAGGUUUGCUGCCUCUGGACAAGAACCCAAGUUUGCUUUCAACUUUGCCAUCCCAGAUGAAGACUGUCCUCAGCUCCAGCUACUUCCCUCAAGCCAACAUACAGAUCCUUCACUGCCUGCUGAAGCAGCAGCCCUGCCACGGGCUGCAGCCGUGUGGGAGCCCGAGGUGACUCAAGCUGCAGGGAGUGCACCCAAAGAGGACAGAAGCCAUGUCACAUCAAAGAUCCUCCAACCAGAGACUGCUCCUGCAGAUGAAGCAGCAACAGUGAAAUCAACAGACGAAGCUGCCCAGAAGAAGAAAAAGAAGAAGAAACAAAAACCACCAGUCAGUAAAACGGAGAGAGAAGAAACUGAGACCAGCAGGAAAGCAAAGACAGAAGCUAAGAGCUGUCAAAAUACAAAUACUUCCCAUCACGAUGAGAAGACCUCCCAGUCAGAUGAGCAGCUGCAGAAGGAGCUGGACUGGUGUGUGCAACAGCUGGAACUUGGCUUGAAGACACAGAAACCCACUCCAAAGCAGGCUGAAGAGGCUCUCCGGGCCAUCAGGACACUGCGCAGUGACAAGGCUCCACUGGUAAAGAAGCGGCAGCUCAUGAGAGCCAUGUUUGGAGACUACAGGAAGAAGGUGCAGGAGGAGCUGUGCAGGGAGCUGAAGCUCAUGGAAACAGCUGCAAAGACUGCCAGGAUCGUAGAGGUGAAGGGAAGCAUCCGCAAGAAGAAUGGCAAAUUCAUCCGGAAGUGCUCGGGAGCUUGCAGGAAAAGCCAGGGUUCAGCAGGAUUCCCUUCAGAGUCACCCAGGACGCUUUACACAGGUUUAUUCAAUGACACAGCUUCCAAAGAAGAAUUUCGCUUUAAUUUCUUCUAGGAAAGUGUCUUAGACUAAAACUGUGGUAAAAAAUCCCUGUGCCAGAUCCCCUGUAAACUGCAGAACGGUGGAGAGAUGCUGUGCAGUAGGAAAUGUCAUCAGUAAGUCUCUUGAUUCUGUUCCAGAGUGCCUUAUCUAGAAAUCUAAACCAAAUCUGCCUAGUACCGUAUGACCCCAAGACUCAGCCAGCGUAGUGCUCCUCUGUGCUCACACUGUAGAGAGGCACCUUUGAAAGGGUCAGCAGUGAAAGGAUCUGGUUUUCUUCCUGUAGAAUUUACAUUAACUGUAAAAUCUCUCUUUUAUACCAUGAGAUUUUCCCAUUCUCCCGUGGUUUUUAAAUAGAGCAGAGCUUUCCUAGCAGCUGAGGCAGCCAUGCACACAGAGGGGAAUGGUUUGGAAAGAAGAUGCAGCUUCUGUGAAGAUCCAGCAGUGGAUAUUUGGAUGCUUCCACUCCAUGAGUCUGUGUGAAUGCGGCUUCUGGCAUCCAGCAAACACCAGCAAUGCCAUCAAUGACAUCGAGGGAGUGGAACUCAGGGUCUGGGGAGAGAGUGCGUGAGAACUAUUUUUGCUGAUUCAUCUCUUUCAAUGGCAGAAACAGACUUAGAAUAAAACUGCAAAUGCUGGUUUAAUCCAGCCUAGGGAUGUAAGGACAGUUGUUUCCAGACAGGGAAAGGUUUUUGUUGCUGGAGCCAGGUUCUGGCCAGCUAGGAAGGGAGUACAAUGAGCUCUUAAAUAAAGUUUACUUUGUAAGUAGUCCAGUUACAGCCACCAGUGACUCAGAGGUAAAAUCAACUGCGUGCCAACCUUGGGUGGUGGUGAAAUGAACUGUCAGAGCCUAAAGACUCUCUUCCACUUGAUUUGCAUUAAAUUUUGGCUUUUUGAA